GCCGGGCUGCGGAACUUCCGGUCGGGAGCCGGGAGCGGGACGGGCGGCGGUAGCAGCAGAAGCGCGGUUCGGUUCGGUUCGGUUCGGUUCGGUUCGGUUCGGUUCGGUUCCGUUCCGUUCCGUUCCGUGCGGUUCCGUGCGGUUCCGUUCCGUUCCGCCGAGCUCCGCGCUGAGGGCGGGACGAUGUCGCGGGUGCCGGUGGGGAAGGUGCUGCUGCGGAACGUCAUCCGCCACACGGGCGCGCACAACAAGAUCCAGGAGGAGACGGAGAUGUGGAAGAUCCGCGAGUGGGAGAAGCAGGCAGAGCAGAUGGAGCAGACGUGCUGGCGGCAGCGGAGCAGGACGAUGUCAGACACCUCCAGCAGCCGGAUGCGCAGUGAUGGCUUUGAUGAGGAGGGUCACAGGGCUGACUGGAAAACAAAGAACUCCCAUUUUCUUGACCCAGUGGAAGAUGAUCUUUUUAGAAUGCGGUCGUGGAAUAAAAAGAUCUACGAAUGUGAAGCCAACAUGCCAGACAGAUGGGGCCACAGUGGCUAUAAGGAGCUGUACCCUGAAGAGUUCGAUACAGACAGUGACCAGCAAGAAGGAGACAAACAAAACGCUGUCAACGGAAAGAAGAAAUCUCAUCUGAGAAAACAAAGUGCCCACGAGUUGCACAGACGGAAAAAAACAAAGAAAUCGCACAAGAAAAAGCAAAAAAAGAGAUCGCACAAAAAGAGAAAGAAAAAGAAAAAGGAGCAGGGAAGGUCAUCGUCGGAUUCUUCCAGGGAGAACGAAUGCUCUGAAGAGGAGACUUCAAGCACUCAGAAGGGGAAACAGAAGCGCAAGAAAAAGACCAGGAAAGUGCCUGCUAGGAAACCUACCUCUUCCUCUGAGCAGGAAAGUGACUCUUCCCCUGCAAGCAGCUCAACCAGCAGCAGCUCUGAGGACAGUGGGCAUGAGGAGAAAAAAGAGAAACAGCUCACUAAAAAGAGAAAGAAACGUCACAACUCGGUGUCGGAGCGACACAGUGAGGUAGCAGAGAAGAGGAGCAAGAGGAAGAACUGGAAAGUGGCCACCGAUGAGAAGUCGGAGGACAGCUCAGAUGAGGACUGAUAUCAGGGGAGAUGCUGAGCUCGGGCUGUGGCUCAGACAAUGCCAUAGAGAACAGAGGCAGGUGUUUUUCUUUCAGCACUGUGGUUUAUACAUCCUGCCAUCUGCAGGGGAGAUGCUGAACCCUGGCAGCCAGCUGUAGCUGCCCCCUGCUUUUCACUGCUGUGAUACUGAGGAAAGCAGGGGAGCAGUUACCUGCCUUGCACAUUGGCUACUUCUGCCAGCUGCAGGUUUUCUUUGUAUGACUGGGUUGAUUGUUGAUGAUCGAAUAGUUCCAUGCUGUCUGCAGGGAACACAGCCAUGUUUGCACCAUUUCUUUUUUUUUAAAUUAAGUUUUACCAGUUUGGA